AUGGCCUGUGGCACGGGAAAGACCUUCACCUACGCUCUGAUCAUUGCCAGAACCCUGGCUGCAGUGUCUCUAAGUGGCACCCUACGCAGGCGACGAGACAUGGCGGAGAACCCCGACGGGCGGUACGUGAUCUUCGUGCCGUGGCGUGACCUUGCCAGGCAAACCGCGGAAGAGCUGCGGCGAUUUGGCGUGUCCUGCUGCGUGGUGGGAGAUGGCAGCAGGGACCUUGAUGCCACCUCAAGUGUUGUGGUCUGCGUCUAUGCGAGCGCGCACCUGCUGCGUGGGCGGAGCUUCCGCAUCAAGAUUGUGGACGAGGCGCACCAUAUUGAAAUGAAGGGCAAGAGCGGAUAUUCAGGCAUCAUCAAGCACGGAAUCUCCAGCGAGCUUGCAGCACACUUCACUGCCACCUUCUACUUAUCCGAUCAGAUCGACUUCAGAUACGACCUUGAGCGUGCACUUGACGAGGGCCACGUCUGCGAUUUUAUGAUCACGGUGCCGGUGGGCAACACGCAGGACAUCGAGGCCAUGGGCGAGUGGAUCCGCACCAACCGGGAGCGCUUGACCCCGAUGCUGGUGGUCAGCAACCGCGUGAAGCGGGCCCGCGAGUGCGCGGAGAAGCUGAACAGCCUGGGCGUGAGAUGCCGAGAUGUGUGCGGAAACAUGAACCACAGCACUCGCCAACAGUUGAAGCAGGACUUGAAGGAAGGCCGGCUGGACGCUCUGUGCGUGGUCAAUAUCUUCAACGAGGGCACCUCCAUCGAUGAGCUGAAGUCUGUCGUGUUCUUGGACAAGCGACAAAGCUCUUUGAAUGUGAAGCAGCUGGCCAUGCGGGUGACGCGGCUCCAUGAAACCAAAGUCUUGGCCAACGUGGUUUUGCCCAUGAGCGGAGACGCGGCGUAUGACCGGGACAUUGCCACCAUCAUCAGGUCCCUGGCGGAGAUCAAGCCUCAACUCCGCAGCUUCAUCCAGCAGAAGUCGAUGGAGUGGUUCAAUUUUGUGGACCUGCGGCAUGGCUCCAGUACGCUAUGUCGCAUGGAGUGGGACGCUGUGGCUUCAGAAUACUUUGACCGCUUUGGGCGAUAUCUUGGCGGAAGAGGUAUGGAGGCCUUCGAGGUGCGGGUGGGGCGCUUGGCUGCCUUCGUGGAGCGCUGGAACCACCUGCCCCGGUGGAACCCCAAGGAGCCCAAGGAGGAGGAAAAUCCAUUGGCAUGCUUUUUGAAGUACAUCCGCCAGAGGCUUCGCACGGAAGCCCUGAGCGACCAGGACCUCCAGCUCCUGCAGGCCGUGCCGCUCAUGGCGGAACGCAUGGCCUCCUGGGAGGAUCCGGUGGAACACAACAUGGACUGGUCAGACAGAUGCUCCCUGCUCGCCCGAUUCCAGGCGCAGCAUCGGCGACUGCCAGGGCCAAAAAAUGGCGAGCAGGAGAGGUACUUGUACUACUGGCUGGCAGAGGUGGGGCGGAGCUUCCGGAGCGGGAAGCUGAGCGAGGAGCAGAUCGAGGCCUUGGAGAAAGUGCCGGGCAUGCGGAAGAAGAUGCAGCGCUGGGACCUCUCCCGCUUGAAGCUGCAGGUCCAGCAGAUGGAUUGGUCUCAAGGCUGCAAAGAGCUGGAGGAAUGGCUCCAGGUUGAAGAUCGAAUGCCCAGGGAGUCGGGGAACCACUCAGAGCAGAUUCUGGGCUUGUGGCUCCGUGGCGCGAGGAGCGCCUUCAUCACGGGCAACCUCACGGAGCUCCAGGUCCAGCAGCUUCGCGCGGGCCGCGGGAUGCUGGAGCAGACCCUCCGGUGGGAAAUCCAUUCUGGCCCAGAAGAGUCCUGGAUGCAGCACUGCCGCCAGAUUGAGCAACUUCCUGCAAAGGCGGUCGCGAUGGCCGAUGAGGACGUGAUGGACGAAGAGUUGGCCAUUUGGUUGCGGAUCGCCUGCUUCAAGUACCAGAGAAGCGGACUCUCUCAGCGGCUCAGCGGGCCGCUUUGGAGCGGAUCCCGCAGUUGUGCCAGCGGCUGCAGUCCUUGCGCAAGAAGCCCCCAAAGCCACCUUCAGAGCAGUGGGCGGAGCGACUGGCUGACUUCGCUGCUUGGCAAAAGGUGCAUCAACGCUUGCCAAAGAAGUCGGGGGACUUGCCCGAGAAGUCGCUGGCGCAUUGGCUGGCCAAAAACAAGCGGCAGUAUACCAGUGGCAGACUCAGCCCACAACAGAUCGACGCUCUUCGGCAGAUUCCUGGAGUCUUCGAGCGGCUGA